CUAAAGUUAAAGUUAGAUUAUCUUAAAACAUAAAAUUAUGUUAGAAGGGCAACAAAGUGUUACAGCGAUCGCAUCUACUACAACGAAAGAGUAAGCAGUGGAAGUGAAGGAACCAAAAUGGAUCAACAACAGCAGCAGAACCCUCCAACAGUUGACGAUAAAUCGCUUGAAAAUAAACCCGGAAUCAUAAUUCUUGGAUCUCCCAACGUCGGCAAACGUACCCUUCUCUCCCGACUACUUUCAAUUGAUUCUGAAGACGCCUUUGAUUCAUCUUCUGACAUCCUAGCCUAUCCGUGGACAAUCAACACGAAGUAUUAUAAUGCUGAUGUUUCUAUUUGGGUGGCCCAUCUUCAUGAGGACUUCUCCAUUGGAGCUUUGCCAGCAUUUGACCACCUUAUUGCAUUGGUGUUGGUCUUCGAUAUUAGUGAUCUCUCAUCUUUUGUUGCGCUGAAAGAUUGGGUUUCCCGCACCGACAUCCUUACGUUUGAGAUUUUGUUGUGCAUUGGCAACAAAUUGGACCUUCUUCCUGGUCAUUCAGCUCAUGUUGAAUACAGACGACGCCUGUUAAAAAGUGCAGACUCCUCAGGUAGACCUUAUAUAGAAUUGGACUCUGGAAUUUCUGAAACAGAAGGAAGCAGCUUAUUAGGAGAUGAUGAUACAUCAUUGGAGUAUAAGAAGUCCUGCUUAGAUUGGUGCCUCGAACACAACAUAGAAUAUGUUGAAGCCUGUGCAUCAAAUGUUGAUUUUGACAAAUGUCUUUCUGUGGAUGGUGAUUCUCAGGGCGUUGAACGGCUCUUUGGGGCACUUUCAGCUUAUAUGUGGCCUGGAAUGAUCUUGAAGUCUGGUGAUAGGAUUACUGAACCUUCAUUACCUGAACCGCAAGAAUUGUCAGAUGAAGAAUCUGAUUUUGAACUUGAAUACGAAAUCUUAUCUGCUGGCUCAGCUGAUCCCUGGGAUGACACAGAUUUAGGAUGGGUAUCUGCAGAUGCUCCCGGUGAAACCAGUGGAACAAAGGAAUCAGUUCCCAAUGGAAAGAGUGGAACCGAGUUAAUUGGACGAGAAAUGCUACCCUCAUCAUCUGCGUCUCAAUUGGAAGGAGAAAGUGAAAGAAAAGAAGUGCCCAGAGCAGAUGUAGCUGCUGGUGAUUUAGAGGAUGAUAAAGGAACAACAUUUGAUUUUGAGAAUUUAGAGCAGUUAAUGUCCGAGAUAGGGAAUGUUCGAGACAGCUUGAGGUUAAUGCCAGACUUCCAAAGGAGGGAAAUGGCUGCAAACUUGGCAAUGAAAAUGGCGGCCAUGUUUGGUGAUAGCAGUGGAGAUGAAGGAGGAUUUGAUUGAUAGGAGACGCCUAUACAGUUCACUGAUCACGAAUACCUGUCAGUUUAACUUCUUACGAAGCUGUUCAUAAAGUAAAGGUAUCUGAUAAGCGCGUUGUGCAUUCAUAUGAGGUAAGAUCGCUGAGCUAUCUGUCAAAGAUCUCUGCUACAGAAUUUGAAGCUUUAUUUCUGUGUGGUUAUGAUCCAAAGACAAAGCAAUAUUUACGAGUCCUAACAGGUGAUUGGAGAUGGUAGAUAUAUUUUUAGCUUGUUUGGCUUCUAUGUAGUUUUUCAGAUUUACCUCCCAGAAACGAUGUGCGUGUUGUUAGCAAGUUUAGUAUGUUAUGUUAUGAGAUCAGCUGUGACUAUAUUUAUCGAACUUCUGAUUAUGUUAUGAGAAUUAGCUGUCUUCUCUUGUGGGUAAACCUAAGGGGCAACAGUGUUAAUGUACGGAGAUUUGUCCGGAGGCGUAUCAUGGAUUACAUAUAUUAGGAUUGUACCCAUUCUAAACGCACUAACUCUACAUUAUGAAUCUGUAUUGCAACAACAACAACAACUCAGUGUAAUCCCACAAGUGGGGUCUGAAUAUGUAUUGGAUUUGUCUGAUUA